CCAACGGGCUCGACGGUCCAACAGGACCUAGUGGCAUGGAUGGCAAAGACGGCGCGACCGGCGCCACCGGGGAGGCGGCCACCGGCGCGACAGGCGGCUUUGGACCAACCGGCCCCACCGGCCCGACAGGCGCCAACGGGUCUCUCUGCGUGGGGCCGCCAGUCUACCUGAGCUUUGACGAGACCGAGGGAGCCAACCCCAUCGCCAACGCCGACAACUCGGACCGUAAGCUUGCGGCCGCAGAUGGUCCAUCCAGGGACCCAGCAUUGCCCACAAGCUACACCUACCACGGCCUGCAGCUGGCGCCCCUGGAAGGCACCACAUCCAUCACGGACAAGGACCAGCUGUUUUCUGGCGGCCCCACAUUCAACACCAAUAGCUCGCUCCUCCUGACAGUGGACUCUGCCAACCCCUCGGUGUCGUCCCUCACACUCAGCGCUACAGCGGGCUCCUUCAGCGUCUUCAGCCUCUACACUUACUCGCUCAACCCCCUUGGUUGUGGUGGUGGCAACGCUGUCACAAUUGUGGGAGGCCCGCAGAAGCGCCGGCUCACCCAGUGCAAUACACCCGGGGUGCAGAUCAUUGGGACCCUGGCGGGUGCGCGCGUUGGCGCAUGUGAGGUCGGCACCAUUUCCUUGGUCCAGCUGUCACCUCAGUAUGUGGUGUUCCCUCCUGGAUGUGUUGUGGACACGUUGCAGUUCGUUCCCGAGGGCGUGUCAGACCUGGUGAUCGACAAUGUAGUCACCUGUGCAGCCACGGCAGACUCGUCGCUAACCCUCGCAGCGUAGUCACAGCUGCAAGUCUCUGCUGGCUCAAAGGGUCCUCAGGCAAUUUCGCACGCAAGUCAGCGCUCAGAACAAAUAGCUGUAGCCAUGCAUGCACUCAAUAAAGUCUCUGAGAGCCCCCAGCAGACACCUGAUGUUGGCGGUCUUUCUCAGUGCAAUGCUCUUC